AUGUUGAAGCACGUGGCGGUGUCGCCGCACCGAGCGCGCGCCGACUCCGUCAGCCUAUCUUCAUCGGCUUCCUGUUGCAGCCUCGGCAGCCUAGAGCACCGACACGACUCCGUCGCCGACCUCUCGCAUCGCACGACGCACGGUGAAUUUACACUGGGAGCGAAACGGACGCGGCGCGGCAAGGUCGUAUUGUACGCGGACUCUACUUACCAGUUGUCACACGGAAAACAAGGCUUGUUCCACAUGUGCGGACAUAAUAAAUAUUAUCAAAGUUGA